CUUUUGAUACUUUCAAUUUUCUCUAUUGUUUCUUCUCUUCCUCAACGUCACUUCCCUACUACAUAUCCUUGGCUUGUGUUUUGUUGGUGCAACUUCACUUCACUUCACACAAAAAAAAAGAUAAUUUCUUUUUUUUUUCCCCACACAGUUAUAUACCUUUAGAUUCAUUUCAUGAGUCGUCUUAGUCAUCUGGAUUUGAUGUUCUUGUAGAGACUUGUGAAGAAAAAAAAAUUAUAUAUAAAACAAACGAAGAAGAAGCAACAAUCUCACGCUUCUCUCUCCCUGUUCUUGCCAAAGCUUUCAUCCCUACACCCACCAAGGUUCCUGUUCCUUCACUUCUAGGGUUUUUUUUUCCUGGUCUUCAGCCAUCUGGGUAUGGAGGAAUACCACCAUGACAGCUCCUCCACUCCUCAGAGAGUAAGUUUCUUGUACGCUCCAAGCUCUUCGCCCAACAAAAACGAUAAUAACAAUAACAGCGACACCAAUAAUAACAACAGCAACAAUAAUUAUACAUCUGGUUAUAAUAGUAACCAUCACCACAUGUUGUUCCCCAACAUGGGCUCUCUCGUUCAUCACCAUCAUCAUCAUCAAUCGAGUGAGAAUUGCUUCCGAUCCGAUCAUGAUCAGCCAAACCCAGUUGUUAAAUCCGAAGCUAGCUCCUCAAGGUCACUCAGCCACUACUCUUUGUUGAUGAGAGCCAUUCACAAUCAUCAAGAAUCAAACAACAACAACAACGAAGACGACAACAGCAACAGCAACAGCAACAUGCCUGUCGGUGGCAGCGAUGUCGAGGCCAUGAAGGCCAAGAUCAUCGCUCAUCCUCAGUACUCGAGCCUCUUGGAAGCUUACAUGGACUGCCAAAAGAUAGGAGCUCCUCCUGAGGUUCUAGAUAGGCUCACUGCAGUGCGGCAAGAGUUCGAGACUAGGCACCGAUCUGCUGCGGCGGCGUCUAGAGAUUAUGGUGCAUCAAGAGAUCCCGAGUUGGACCAAUUCAUGGAAGCGUACUGUGACAUGCUGGUUAAGUACCGUGAGGAGCUAACACGACCAAUACAAGAAGCUAUGGGGUUCAUACGUCGUAUCGAAGCUCAACUUAACAUGUUGUGUCAGGGUCCCAUUCGUAUCUUCAACAAUGCCGAUGGGAAAUGCGACGGUGCGGGAUCAUCAGAGGAGGAUCAAGACAACAACAGCGGAGGUGAAACUGAACUUCCGGAGAUCGAUCCCCGGGCAGAAGAUCGGGAACUGAAGAAUCACUUGCUGAGGAAAUACAGUGGCUACUUGAGCAGCCUGAAGCAAGAACUGUCCAAGAAGAAGAAGAAAGGGAAACUCCCGAAAGAGGCGAGGCAGAAGCUGCUCACUUGGUGGGAGUUGCAUUACAAAUGGCCUUAUCCUUCUGAGUCGGAGAAGGUGGCGUUGGCUGAAUCGACCGGUUUAGAUCAGAAACAGAUCAACAAUUGGUUCAUAAACCAAAGGAAACGCCAUUGGAAACCGUCCGAAGAUAUGCAGUUCAUGGUGAUGGAGGGUUUGCAUCCUCAGAGCGCAGCUCUUUACAUGGACGGUCAUUACAUGGGCGAUGGCCCUUAUCGUCUCGGCCCGUAAAAACCGCGGAUAUUUCUCCUUCUCCCCUCGUUUGAUCCGCAUCGGUAUGUAUACUUCUAUAGCAUUGUGUUAGCUUAUAUAUAUAUACACAUAUAUAUAUUUGUUUCCCUAAUUGAGUUUCCUCAUUGAGGAGUCUUUAUUUAUGUAGUUUUCAUGUCAUGUUUUGGACUGUGGGAUUAUUAUGUUGGGAGGAUCUCAAAAGACUUUGGUAAGGGAGAGAUCUCCCACUUUGGUUUCCAUUGAAAUGAAACAUAUAUAUGCAAGUGUGUAUAAUCAUGUGUCCGCCAAGAAAUUGUAAUAUAUAUAUCUCAAAUGAUGGGAUUCGCUAUUUAUAUUU